AUGGGCGAUGGCGGCGGCGGCGGCGGCGGCGGCGGCGGCGGUAGUAGCAGUGGCGAACGUCUUCAGUGCGCUUGGGAAAACGGACGGCGGGAGUCUCAAGAGGGCAAGCCGAAGGUUGACGUGCUGAUCACUGCUGGUGUGCGUCGGAACCCUUUUGGCACUAAGGCAGCUAGAGACAUGGGAAAAGAGAGAUUUUCAGGAGGGUCGAAAAUCUAUGGGCGCUAG